AUGGCUCAGGAAUCACUAAGAAGUGAUCAAUUUACAGUUUGGGUAAGGGAGAAAAAAAUUGGGUUUCUACGAGAAAGAGCACUGCUAUGGCGAGUGAAACAUGCAAAACGAAUGGGUGAGGACCCUAAGCGACAGAUUGCUACGGCGGGUCAUCUGGUGGUUGUAAAGAGAAAGGAUGCUUUAGGUACCUUAGGACCAGCUAUACUUGAAGUUUUAUUCAAUGAGAAUCCACUGGAUGAAUUAGUUACUGCUUUGAGAGAAGCUAGCACAGAAAUGGUUCGAGAAUUUUUAUCCGAUUUACGUUAUUUGCUUGUAAGUGAAUCGGAUGCGCAAAUUUCAGACAUAACAUUUUUCUUAUCAAAUGCAUCUCUGUUAACUGCAUUUUCCUAUAGAAGUCAACAGAAAGGUAUUAGUGAUGACGAUUUUGAAGCUUUAUUCCCAGCGUUAUCAGAUGCACAGAUUCGAUUGAUUGAUUUAAAUGGAAGUUGUCCAACGAAGGAAAUUCAACUGAUUGUUAAAAAUCUGAACGUAAGAUUGGUUCGAUUUCACAGAUAUCCUGGUGUAAAUGUAGAAACAUUCGAGAAUACAAAACUGUUGAAUUCUGCAGUUGAAUUUAUUGUUGCACAAGGACUACAUCCUAGCAUUGAAAAUAGUGGAAUGAGAUUUUUGAGACAUUUAAAAAAUGUUUUCCCCGCAAUAAAACAAAUUUUUUGGGAUUGGAGUAUGAUGAUGCCAACCUUAACAUGCAUAGAUGCUGAAGUUAUGGCUUGUUUAAAUGAAUUGUUAAAUUUGUACAAAGAAAUGGAAAUGAAUUUAUUAGCAAUUCUUUUCUUCAUGUCAAGCGAAGGAAGUGAGGAAUUAAUGGAAGUAAUUUGGAAACAUUUAAAAACAUUUCAUCUGCCAAAUGCGAAGAUGAGAAAAGUAAUGCGAGAUGAUAAACCAUAUUAUUGUCCACCGUACAUGUUCUUCAUUGCUGGAACAUCCGAAAAGAUUAGUCGUUUGGAAAAAAUUGUUUGCACGGAUCGAAUUGUUGAACCAGACCUACGACAUUUUCUGUAUGUUCAAAAUCGAUCGAUAAACAUUUACAAAAAUGACAACAUUUAUGAAUUUAUGGGAUUUGAUUAUGAACGUGAUGAUUGA